AGUGGACGGUCGCAUUUGAAAUGACGUGAAGAACGUGUUUGCCAUAAUGAUAAUAAACCGUGAACACAAAGAUGCAAUAAAGCAAAUUAAGCUUAGGCUGUGAAGCGAUAAUCGAUACGCAGAUAGGCUCCUGCACGCAGCCUUGUUUCGGCUGAUACCGGGGAUACUGUUCUUAGAUUAGUUAAGCCCGAAGAGGAGCUAAGCACAUCAACGAGUCAAUGCUAUGGCGUCUGCAUCUGCCAGUGUGGACUCCAAGGCAGAGCUGACUAAUUUACUGGAACAGUGGGAGAAGGAUCAACAAGGCAGCACACAGGAACUGGUUAACAUACUCACCAAAAUUUCUGAACUUGUUGAGAAGGAGACAGAGGAGUACCACAAAGCAGACCCAGACCCUUUUGAUGAUCGGCAUCCUGGGAGAGCAGAUCCAGAAUGUGUCCUAGGACAUCUGCUCAAGAUACUGUUCAAAAAUGAUGACUUCAUGAGCGCAUUGGUAAACAGCUAUGUGAUGACCAGUCGAGAAUUUUCCCUCAAUGCAGCAGCUUGUCGCCUGCUUCAGAACAUCAUGCCUGGAUUGGAGACAGCUGUCGUCUUUCAGGAAAAGGAAGGCAUAGUGGAAAGGCUCUUCAAGUGGGCACAAGAGGCUGAGCAGCCCCUCAGAAUCUAUGCUACAGGCUUGUUGGCAGGAGCUAUGGAGAACCAGGACAUCGCAGCUAACUACAGGGAGGAGAACUCUGUUUUGGUGCCUUUGAUGUUGCAUCGGUUGCGUGAGCUUCAAGAUAAGGAUGCAGAGAACAAACGAGAUAUCAAACGGCCCAGCCCCAGGAAGACUCUCAGUGAACCUCUGCUGCCUUUGGAUGAAGAGACUGUUGAUGGAGGCUUUGAAGAGAAGUCCUUCACAACAGACAGAAAUGGAGCUGAGAAGGAGAAGACGGGGCAAGAAGAGGGCGGUGAAGUUCCUUUUUCAACCAUUGAGCCUGAAAACGAGCUUUCCUUCCGUCUCACUUCCCCUCACAAGACGAGUAGUCGUGCCAGCUCUGCUGUUAAAACUAUGAUGAAGCCCAUGUCUGCCCCGGGUUCACUGAUGCACCAAGGCAUGUCUGAUGGUAGCAGUUAUCUAAGAAGGAAGGCAGAGAGGGAAAGUGGAAGAACCCCAAAACAGAAGCUAAAUUUCACUUUACCAGAACCAGAGAGGAACUUUAACGAGCUCUCCAACAGCAGCUGGUCUGAGAUGAGCCCCUGGGUGAUUGGCAACAACUAUCACCUGUACCCUCUGACCCCAGAGAUCGAACAGAGGCUCAUGCUGCAGUAUCUCACUCCUUUGGGAGAAUAUCAGGAGUUGCUGGCAGUGUUCAUGCAAAUGGGAGCUCGUGAGCUUCUCAUGCAUUACAUGGAUUUAAAGCAAACCAAUGAUGUGCAACUUACAUUUGAGGCUCUAAAGUAUCUUGCAUCUUUGUUGCUGCAUAAGAAGUUUGCUGCAGAGUUUGUAGCUCAUGGAGGAGUUGAGAAGUUGCUGGAAAUUCCCAGGCCAUCAAUGGCUGCUACCGGAGUGUCUCUGUGCCUCUACUACCUUGCCUAUAACCAGGAUGCCAUGGAGAGGGUGUGCAUGCUGCCACACUCCAUCCUGUCUGAUGUGGUUGGUUACACGCUGUGGCUGCUGGAAUGCUCCCAUGCAUCCGGCUGCUGCCACGCCACCAUGUUCUUCUCUAUCUCUUUUUCUUUCCGUGCUGUGCUGGAGCUGUUUGACAGGCAGGAUGGGCUCCGACGCCUCGUCAAUCUGAUCAGUACGCUGGAGAUCCUGAACCCUGAAGACCAGGGAGCGCUGCUGAGUGAUGAUGAGAUCUUCUCCAGUAGGCAGACGACCAAGCACACCUGCAUGGCUCUGCGCAGGUACUUUGAGGCCCAUCUGGCCAUCAAGGUGGAGCAGGUGAAACAAUCCCUGCAGCGCACAGAGGGUGGUGCCCCGAUUCACUCCCAGCCGUAUUACAAGGCAGUCAGCUAUAGCCGUGAGCAGGUGGUGGAAAUGAUGGAGUUCCUGAUAGAGUACGGUCCACUCCGGCUGUACUGGGAACCAGCAGAGGUCUUUCACAAGCUGUCUUGUGUCCAGCUCCUCCUGCAACUUAUUUCAACUGCCUGCGACUGGAGGACCUACUAUGGCAGGAGUGAUACUGUGCGUUAUGCCCUUGACAUCCUGAGCAUCCUCACAGUUGUUCCAAAGACUCAGCUGUUGUUGUCUGAGGCUGUCGCUGUGCUUGAUGAGGGAGGAUCGACUGUUUCUACUGUUGGAAUGAGUAUUGUCUUGGCAGUAGCAGAGGGAGAGGUGUUUGUAAAUGAUGCAGAGAUUCAGAAGUCGGCUCUGCAGGUUGUCAUCAACUGUGUCUGUGCUCCAGACAAGCGCAUGUCCAGCAUUGGCAAGUUCAUUGCAGGCACCCCCCGCCGCCGGCUGCCCCAGCAGACCAAAGCUAAUGAAAGUGUGCUCUCCAAGAUGUGGAAUGUGGUGCAGUCCAACAAUGGCAUCAAGGUGCUGUUGUCUCUCCUGACAGUGAAGAUGCCUAUCACGGAUGCGGAUCAGAUCCGAGCGCUGGCCUGUAAGGCCCUGGUGGGUCUGUCUCGCUCCAGCUCCGUUCGUCAGAUCAUUAGCAAGUUGCCUUUGUUCAGCAGUGGACACAUCCAGCAACUCAUGAAGGAGCCCGUCCUCCAGGACAAACGCAGCGAGCACGUCAAGUUCUCCAAGUUUGCAGCUGAGUUAAUAGAAAGGAUUUCUGGAAAACCUCUGCUGAUCGGCACCGACGUGUCUCUCGCGUGGCUCCAGAGAGCCAGUGUGGUCGCUCAGUCCAGGAUCACCUUCCCGGAGAAAGAGCUGCUGUUGCUUAUUAGGAACCACCUCAUGGCCAAAGGCCUUCAUGACACGGCCACUACGCUCACCAAGGAGGCAGAGCUCCCGAUGGCCUGUCUGUCUCAUUCUUCACACUCAGCUUCUGCUUUUCCUCCUGUUGCUCCUCCUCCAGCUGCCUCUCCUGUUGCUACUCUCCCCCGUACACCACGGCUGGCCAAUGGUGUUGUGUCAAGACUCACAAACCAUCCCUCUCACUCGUCCACACCAGGAUCUAGUCAUUCACAAACUCGUCCCUCUAUAUCUCAACCUCCUGGCUCUUGUCCCGCCGCCUUCCCGUCGACAUCUGUCCACCACUGUAACAACGGCUCGCCGCUGAUUGGACGGAUUGUUUUCUCCCGUGAACGGCAAACGGGGUGUGGAACAGUGAGCUGCAAAAAACCCCGGGUGCUGAGGCAGAAGUCUGACCACGGCGCCUUCAGCCAAACCCCAGCCAUGAAGAAGCAGUUUGACAGGCACCUGCCCUCUCCCCCUGCCUUAGACAGCAUUAUCACAGAGUAUCUGAGGGAACAGCACGCACGCUGUAAGAACCCUGUCACAACAUGCCCUCCCUUCUCUCUCUUCACUCCACAUCAGUGCCCUGAGCCCAAACAGAGACGACAAGCACCCAUCAACUUUACAUCCCGCCACACGCGGAGAGUUAUCUAUCCUAAAUAUGGAGGAGUAGACGGAGGUUGCUUUGAUAGACAUCUCAUCUUUAGCAGGUUCCGUCCCAUCUCUGUGUUCAGGGAGGCAGACGAGGACGAGAGUGGAUUCAUGUGUUGUGCCUUCUCAGCUCGCGAGCGGUUCCUGAUGCUUGGAACGUGCACAGGGCAGCUCAAACUCUACAACGUGUUUACAGGCCAGGAGGAAGCCAGCUACAACUGUCACAACUCAGCCAUCACUCACCUCGAACCCUCAAGGGAUGGCUCUCUGCUCCUUACAUCAGCCUCUUGGAGUUAUCCUUUGUCUGGACUGUGGGGUAUGAAAUCAGUAUUUAUCAUGAAGCAUUCCUUUCUGGGUGAUCAUUACGUGGAGUUCAGUAAACUGUCACAAGAUCGUGUCAUUGGGACUAAGGAACAUGUCGCACGAAUCUAUGACAUCCAGACAGGGCAGGUCACGCUGACGCUGAACAACCCAGAUCUGGCCAACAACUACAAGAGGAACUGUGCCACCUUCAACCCCACUGACGACCUGGUGCUGAACGACGGCGUGCUGUGGGACGUGCGUACGGCUCAGGCCAUCCACAAGUUUGACAAGUUCAACAUGAACAUCAGUGGCGUGUUUCAUCCCAACGGCCUGGAAGUCAUCAUAAACACAGAGAUUUGGGAUCUGCGAACGUUCCAUCUUCUUCACACAGUUCCUGCUCUGGACCAGUGUAGAAUAGUCUUUAACAACAGCGGCACCGUCAUCUACGGAGCAAUGCUGCAGGCUGACGAUGAAGACGAAAUCAUGGAGAUGCAGAUGAAAAGUCCCUUCGGUUCCUCUUUCAGGACUUUCAACGCUACAGACUACAAACCUAUCGCUACUAUUGAUGUCAAGAGGAAUAUAUUUGACCUGUGCACAGAUACAAAAGACUGCUACCUGGCUGUAAUUGAGAACCAAGACUCUGUCAACACUGACACAGUGUGUAGGCUGUAUGAAGUUGGUCGGCAGAGACUUGCAGAGGAAGAGGAGGAGGAUGAAGAGGAUCAGGAGGAUGACGAUCAGGAUGAAGAUGACGAUGACGACGAGGACUCUGAUGAUGAUGUCGAUACGGAUCCUCUCAUCGCUGAGCUAGACAACGAAAAUGGUGGCGAGGAUGAGGAUGAUGAAGAGGAGGAGGAUGGGAAUGAUGAGUUCUCUCCCUCUGAUGAGGAGGUUGCGCACCUUCUGGAAGAGGAUGUUGACGUUGCAGAUGAUGAUGAUGAAGAUGACAACGACGAGGAUGAUUCUGAUGAUGCUGAUCUGGAUGGCGACAAUGACAGCUCUGACAUCUCUGACCUUGAGGAUGACAUCAUUUUAUCCCUGAAUGAGUGAGGAGACAUCAGCAUCUAGAACCAAGUCACUGGACGUGUCAAGACCUCUGCCUCACAGACAUUUGAGCUGCCGAGCAGGAGGCAGGAAGAGUAGAGGUCAGAUGAGGUGGGAGAUAACUUGGAGCACUGCCUUUUUAACACAGUGGGUCUCUGCACACUUUGGUCCCGUCGGUGACCGAUCCAAAAAAAGAACAAUCUGACAGAGACAGACAAGAGCACACAUCGACUGGUCGGCAAAAUUGAUUGUAUAUGAUAUAGUUUUAUAAAGAAGUGGGCUGGUUGAUGAGCAGUCAGUGUGUCAAUGCAAUGAAUAAAGGUUUUAUAUUUUACCACAUUAAGGGCUUUGAACUUGAGCCUUGUCAUUGGAUCUGGAUUCACUGGCUCUGUUCGGGCCUGGAAAGGAGCAGCCUCUGUAGGAGUGCUGUGGUAAACGGUACGAUUCGUUCCCACCUGGAGUCAUCGGGCAGCUAAUGAAACGCACAGACCUGUUGCCAAACCCACCGUCAGCUUUUGUUUCCAUCAGCAACGGUCAACCAAAAAUGCCCAGCAGUGCCAGCGCCGCCUCCUGAUUUCUAGUGUAAAUAGUCGCCUUCAGUCGGUUUGGUGCUUUUGAGACACUGAAGAAACCACAGCUAGUGUACACACUGUAACGAACCACAGAGGCAGCAGGUCACAGUUUAGUGGAAGUUUCUCAGUGACUUUGACGUCGCUCAAGCAGGUUCAGCAAAACUUCAAUCUAAGAUGAUUUAUUGCAGUGGUUUUGGUUCAUGACUGAUAACAUUGGAAAUUUAAACCUAUUGGUUGAAAAAAAACAUGUUGCUCAAUUUUGAAAGAUGAAAUAACUUAAUUUGAAACGUGUUCGAUUAAAUAGGAGGCAAAGUCUCGAAGCUGAAAACCUUCCGCUUGCACACUUUGAAAGCAGUGCAAACAUUUCAUGAUUCUGUUUUUCAUGUUUUGCCUUGUAUCCACUCAUUUUAUCAGCUUUCUUUACAAUGAGACUUGUUAUGUUGAGUAUUUUGACACAACUUAUGUACAGCUUGUAUGUAUCUAAGUAUUUUUACUACAAAUGAAGAUACAAAUCUAAA